AUGUGGUACCUCUUUCUUUUUUCCUUUUCUAACCUUUUCCUUUUUUUUAAUUUCUUGCUUCUUUAUUUAAACUCUUUCUUUUUCUCUUUGAGCACUUUCUUUUUCUUUAAUUCUUUUUUAAGCUGUUUUUUUUCUUUAAUUUUUUCUUCUUCUUUCUUUAUGCUCUUUCAUAUUUUUUCUCUAAGCCUUUUCUUUUUUUUCUAUAAGGUCUUUCCUUUUUUAUUCUCUCAGCUUUUUUUUUUCUCUCUAAGCUCUUUUUAUUAUCUAAGCUUUUUCCUUUUUUUCUUCUCUAAGGCUUUUUGGGAUUUUUUUCGGAGGUGGGACGCAGUUGAGCGAUUUGAGGUGGGAGGAGACAGACAGGCUGGGGGUCAACCGUCUUCGUCGUGUGAAAAUUAUUUUCUUUCGUUUUUCUAUUGCUUAUGUGCAUGGAAACCUUUAUAUCUUGUGCGCCUUUAUCUAUUUUCUCUUCUUUCCUCACAGUCAUUUGCAGACAAGUACAUUCCCUUAUUCUUUCUUUUGUAUUCUCUUUCAUUCUUUCUUUUCUUUCUUCACUCUCAAUUUCAGACAAGUACAUUCUCUUAUUCUUUCUUUUGUAUUCACUUUCAUUCUUUCUUUUCUUUCCUCACAGUCAUUUGCAGACAAGUACAUUCCCUUAUUCUUUCUUUUCAGACAAGUACAUUCCCUUAUUCUUUCUUUUGUAUUCUCUUUCAUUCUUUCAAUUCUUUCUUCACUCUCAUUAGCAGACAAGUACAUUCCCUUAUUCUUUCUUUUGUAUUCUCUUUCAUUCUUUCAAUUCUUUCUUCACUCUCAUUAGCAGACAAGUACAUUCCCUUAUUCUUUCUUUUGUAUUCUCUUUCAUUCUUUCAAUUCUUUCUUCACUCUCAAUUUCCGACAAGUACAUUCUCUCAUUCUUUUUUUUUGUAUUCACUUUCAUUCUUUCUUUUCUUUUUUUCUUUGCAUUUCAAUUUUUUCUUUCCUGUUCUUUCUUUCCUACUUUUUCAUAAUUUUUUUUGUAUUUCUUUCAUUCUUUUUCUUUUAUUCUCUCGCAUUUCCAACAUACUAAAUUCAACCAUUUCUUUUUUCUUUCUAAUUUUCUUUCUUUUACUUUAA